AUGACUCAGCAGCAGCCGUAUUCGGUCAACCUUGACCAGGAGACGGCGCGGGAGCUGACGCGUCAGGGGGCGGCCGUGCUGGUGCUCGACUUCCCAGAGGGGGCAUGUUUCGGGAUCGACAGCCGCGCCUUCGUGACGGGCCCGCGCUUCCAGGGCGUGAAGAUGAUCCCGCCCGGCGCGCACUUCAUCUCCACCGCCGCCUCCGACGCGCCCGCCGCCGCGGGAGGAGCCUCCUUCGCCCCCGUCACGGGCGAACUGGUCUGGCUCGAGCGCGGGGAAGUCCUCGUGCGCCGCUGGGACACCGGCGAGGAGUGCCUCGCGCCCCUCGAGAGCCCGGAAGAGGCCGAGCGGUACGUCGCUGGCGUCCGCAACAUGAGUUUCGACGCCGGCAUGGCGCCGUACGACCUGCGCAGCCUGCGCGCGUGGCGGUCGGUGACUGGGGCGAUCACGUCGGACACAGUGCGCCGCGUGCGCCCCGUGGGGGGACUGGUGUCGAUCACGGCGGAGUCGGACAUGGCGCUGGAUGAGUCAGCCCCGGCGACGCCCGCGGAGCGCGAGCUCGUGGAGCAUCUGCGCGCUGCGCGCGCGCGGACGGGGACGCGGGAGGGCGGGGCGGCGGCGGGGGGCGCGUUCGAGCACCGGUCGCGCGUCGGGCGGUGUUUCUACGUCGACGUGGCGCGCUUGCACAAGUCGCGAGGGCUGACGGCGGAGGAGCUGACGCGGCGCAACAUGGACCGGUCGUGGGAGCUGGACAAGCUGGUCGAGGGGGAGUUUCGCGGCGAGCAGGGGGAGCUGCUCGGGGAGCUGCAGGCGGCGUUCGCGUGCUUCGUAGCGGGACAGUCCCUGGACGGGUUCCGGCAGUGGCGGGCCCUGCUCGAGAUGGUGCUGCGCUGUCCGUCGGCGGCGGUCGGGGCGCGCAGCGACCUGUUCGAGGCGAUCCUGAACACGCUGCACAUGCAGCUGCAGGGGUCGUUCGGGGCGAGCGCCGACGGCGGAGCGUCGAGCGAGGGGCAUCUGGGCGGCGGCAGCGGCCUGCUGGCGUCCCUGGGGGAGGCGAUGGAACGCGACAGCAGGGGCGGGGGGAUGUUCUUGCGCGGAGCGCUGAGGGCGUUCUUCCGGGGCGUCGAGGAGCUCGGCGGGGGCUCCCCCGGCCUGAAGGCGGCGUCGACGCGGCUCAAGGCGUGGCUGGCGGGGCAGAUGGGGUGGAACCUGGAGGGGGGCGAGGACCGGGGCGGGGAGCGCGGCGGCGCGGAGGAGUCGGACGAGGAGGACGGACCCGUGGUGGUGGAGUUGACGGAGGAGCAGAUGCGCGAGCUAGGCCUCGCGCGCGACUGA